UUUCUGGUCACGUGACCCGUGUGUUUACAGACAUCCGGGGGAAAACAUGGACGACUCCACUGGCAGUAAUCCCCAAUCUCACGGAUUCACAGACAAACUGAAGUCUUGGCUCUCCUGGUCGUGGACGUACGUGUGCUUCGUGUGGUUCGGCAUGGUCCUCAUCAUGAUAUACGUCCUGUGGAGCCCGCUCAAGCUGCAGGAAAGCCUGACUUCUGCAUCACUCUUUUUGAACACACUGACUCCCAAAUUCUACGUGGCUCUCACUGGGACGUCUUCCCUCAUCUCUGGACUCAUUCUUAUAUUUGAGUGGUGGUACUUCCGGAAGUACGGGACUUCCUUCAUAGAGCAAGUCUCAGUCAGCCACCUGCGCCCCCUGUUGGGUGGAGUGGAGAGCACCUCCACCACGGGUCUCUUUUCCUCAGUCAAUGGGGAGGCGGAGCCUAGACCCAGUGUGUCAGAGUGUAAAGUCUGGAGGAAUCCGUUGAAUCUGUUCAGAGGUGCAGAAUACAACAGGUACACGUGGGUGACUGGGAAGGAACCACUGACGUACUACGACAUGAACCUGUCUGCUCAAGACCAUCAGACCUUUUUCACAGGAGACACUCAGCAGUUAAGGCCAGAAGAUUCAGUCAUGCAGAAGGCCUGGAGGGAGAGGAAUCCUCAAGCCAGGAUUAGGGCCGCUUACCAGGCCAUCGAGAUGAACCAUGAAUGUGCUGCAGCCUAUGUGCUUCUCGCGGAAGAAGAGGCUACAACGAUCACAGAAGCCGAGCGCCUCUUCAAAAAAGCUUUAGCUAUUGCAGGCAAAGAUAUCAACUUACUGGUUUACAUUAAACGCAGACUGGCCAUGUGUGCACGCAAGCUGGGACGCAUUAAAGAGGCAGUGAAAAUGAUGCGAGACUUAAUGAAGGAGUUCCCAUUGCUCGGGAUGUUAAAUAUACAUGAAAACCUUCUGGAGGCGCUCUUAGAGCUUCAAGCAUACGCUGAUGUGCAGGCUGUCCUCGCCAAAUAUGACGACAUCAGCCUUCCAAAAUCAGCCACGAUAUGCUACACUUCCGCACUCUUGAAAGCGCGGGCCGUGUCCGAUAAGUUUUCCCCGGAGGCGGCGUCCAGGCGGGGUCUCAGCACAGCAGAGAUGAACGCCGUGGAGGCCAUUCACAGAGCCGUGGAGUUCAAUCCGCACGUGCCAAAGUACUUGUUAGAGAUGAAGAGCUUGAUCCUGCCUCCUGAACACAUCUUGAAGCGGGGCGACAGCGAGGCCGUGGCAUACGCUUUCUUCCACCUGCAGCACUGGAAGAGGGCCGAAGGAGCCUUAAACCUUCUCCACUGUACAUGGGAGGGCACCUUCCGGAUAAUCCCUUACCCACUAGAGAAGGGUCACCUGUUCUACCCUUACCCAGGAUGCACAGAAACAGCAGAUCGAGAGCUGCUACCAUCUUUCCACGAGGUGUCGGUGUACCCAAAGAAAGAGCUUCCUUUCUUCAUCCUCUUCACCGCAGGCCUUUGCUCUUUCACCGCCAUGCUGGCCAUGCUCACACAUCAGUUCCCAGAGCUCAUGGGUGUCUUCGCCAAAGCGUUUUUCAGCACACUCUUCGCACCGCUGGGCUUUUUCGCAGACAAGAUGGAAAGCUUCAUGCCGUCCAGUUUCUGGCACCAACUGACUCGGAUCUGACCCCAACACACACACACACACACACACUUACACACAUGCGUGGAGCUCUUCUGUCCUCAGCAUUACUGUCUGCGUGCUGCAUUGUUACUGAUUACAUUGGCUCGAGUCGUAUCAACACAGCGGCAGUACCACUCUUAGAAAGACGCCUGUCCUCUUUCCAAGAAGUCCGUUAGUGAAUGUGCAGCAUCCUCAUGUAUUUGUCAUGAGGAAAGGAAGGGUUCAGAUGGUUUUUGGACACAUUUUUGGACAAAACAAACCUUUUGCUCUGGCUGGUCGUGUCUAAUAGAGCAGUUGAUAUAAAAAAAAAUACCACCUCAGAAAAAAACGUGGCUCUCCAAGUACCACCAUAAUGACCAACAUUGAAAUACAGUAGCUUAGUAGACCUAAGUAUUCAUUAAAACCAAGUGAAAUGUUUUAUUUAACAAGUAAUAUUUGUGGCCACUGUAACAAUACACACAGUCUGAACAGUAACACUGUGUUUGAAUAUAGGAAAUACUUUAAAUCAAGUGAUUAUUUGGCGUAGCACAGUUUGAGAAUGACUGUUGGAGUAUAUCGCAGCGUGAUGUGCUCGUGACAAUGCAGCGAUAUUCAAUUCAUCACACACGCGUCCAAGAAUGUGCGUUAACCACUUCAUACAUGAUUGCUUAAAAUGUGAUUAAGUGCCUUUUUAUUCUCAUCCUAACUUUGGCAUUUACCCAUUUUUCGGAUUCUAAUUGAUUGUACCUAACUCAAUAACAGUGGUGAACGACGCUACCAGCAGACAAAAAAACAACGCUCCACCGUAACGUGUUGUUAUGGUGUACAGUUUAAAUUUGGUGGUAUGAAAUAUCCAAAUAAAUAACAGAGUACAUGCUGAAGACAGGAGACUGGGCCAACUGGCAUGUUUGAAAGCGCUUGGGAAAAAAAAAUAGACAAUAAAAUGACUCCUGUGAAAGUCCAAUAUUUGUUUGGGGUUUUUCUGUAGUGGCGUGCUUCUUUUUUCUUUGUUUUAAAUCCACAUUUGUUGAGUUUGCAAUGGAAACGCUUAGACUAGCAGCGAGUGUGUGGAUGUCAUAUAUAGGGAUGAUGUUCGAAACCGGUUCUCCCGGUGGUU